AUGGUUUUUCUAGGAAAGAAACCUCUGAAUGGUGGCAGACGAAUGCUGAUGCCAUCAAAAGGUGUGGGUCAGGCAUUGGGUGCACAAAAUGGAUACGGCGGAUACCCAACAAAAGGCUUAGGCUAUGGUGCAGCUGCUGGUGGGACCAAUGGAGGAGGGACAAAAGGCUAUGGAGCAACAUCUGGUGUAACCAAUGGACAAGGAGGGAAUCCAGCAGUUUUACCCAAUGGAAAUGGUGCAAAGUCUAAUGGAUAUGGUGUUCAAGCCGGCCCAACCAAUGGACAACAAAUGAAAGGCAAUGGCUAUGGUGCAGCUGCUGGUGGGACCAAUGGAGGAGGGACAAAAGCAUCCUAUUUGUACUCUCUGGGUCUACAAGAAUAG